AUGUUGAGGCAAUCGAUAGUACACCCUGCUUUCAAAAGAGCCUUUGACCGUGGAAGGUGGCGGGCGUUUUCUAACAGUGCCAAGCUAGUUGGUGCUCGGCAUGUGACAAGGCCGUCAGGUGAUAUCGCACUGUUGACGUCCUUCGCGGCCAUAACAUAUGCCCUCUGUUCGAAUAGAGAGAAAAGCUAUAUCAAAAACGACCUUGUUCGCGAUUUGAAAUGCUCUUCUGUCUGUGCUUCCGAGGUUGUGCUGCAUAACAAAGAAGACGAUUGCUGGGUAGUGAUAGACGAUUUUGUCUACGAUUUAACUAAUUUCAUCAACCAGCACCCUGGAGGCCCCGCUGUUAUCAAAUCCAAUGCUGGAAAAAAUGUAACUGCUUUGUUUUCCGCUUUGCACGCUCCCGAUGUGAUUGAGAAGUUUAUUCCAGAUUCCGAUCGUUUAGGACCACUCGAAGGGCAAAUGCCAAGCGAACAUGUGUGUCCACCACCUGCUACAGGCGAGUCACCAGCGGACAUUCAAAGAAAAGAAGAGUUACGCCACGCACUCCCAGAUUUAGACUCAUUAAUGAACCUCUACGACUUCGAGAACCUUGCUUCACAAAUUCUAUCAAAUAUGGCGUGGGCAUACUAUUCGUCUGCCGCGGAUGAUGAGUUUUACUCAUCGGGAGAAUCACGCAAUCUAUCACAGAGUGUUUUUCAAGCCCAGAGUUCUAGUAGAUGUCACGGAAGUUGACCUGACAACCGAGAUGCUAGGAUCUAAGGUGUCCGUUCCAUUUUAUGCGAGUGCUACAGCUUUAGUCAAACUUGGAAAUCCCAAGGAAGGCGAGAAAGAUAUUGCUCGCGGCUGUGGUCAAGGUGAGUAUAAGUGUGCUCAAAUGAUUUCCACAUUUGCUUCUUGUUCUCUCCGAGAGAUUGUCGAGGCCGCUCCUUCAAAAGAGCAAACACAAUGGCUUCAGCUUUACGUCAACACCAACAGGUCGGCCACGGAACAUUUGCUCAAAGAAGCUGAAUCUCUUGGUUUAAAGGCUAUUUUUGUUACAGUGGAUACACCAGCAUCUGGUCGGCGCGAGAAAGACAUGAAAAUCAAAUUUUCCUCAAAAAAUGCGGCUCCAAAUGCGACGUCCACAAAAGGUGGAUCCGCCCGUGGCGCAUCUCAAGCCCUCGCUGGUUUUAUUGAUCCAAGCUUGACAUGGGAAGAUAUCACAGAUUUGAAAGAAAAAACUCAUCUUCCCAUUGUCAUCAAGGGUGUACAAUGUGUUGAAGACAUCCUAAAGGCAGUGGAGAUUGGAGGAGAUGGGGUUGUAAUAUCAAAUCACGGUGGACGCCAAUUGGACUUUGCUCGUGCGCCCUUGGAGGUUCUGGCGGAAGCGAUGCCCAUUUUUAGAGAAAAACGCCUAGAAGAUAAGCUUGAUGUAUUUAUUGAUGGGGGUGUACGCCGUGGAACUGACAUUCUCAAAGCCUUGUGCCUCGGUGCCAAGGGCGUAGGAAUUGGAAGGCCCUUUUUUAUACGCCAAUAGCUGCUACGGGAAAGAUGGUGUAGAAAAAGCCAUUAAUAUGUUAGCUGAGGAAGUGGAAUGUUCGAUGAGACUAUUGGGUGCGAAAACGAUAAAAGAUCUCCGGCCAGAACUACUUGAUUUAAGCGGCAUCAAAAAUAGAUCCAUAGAGUUGCCUGGCGACAGUUUAUAUCAAGCAGUUUACCAGAAGCCUGAACCUGCUCGUUUUGUUGAGAGGUAA